AUGCCCGAAGAGGCUGCGCAGCAGACGAGGGUGUACAUGUCCACAGCCACCAGCAAUGUCUGGGGCACCCACACCCAAUCUGUUCAGGGCUCCCUUGCCCUCUUGGCCAACACGCUGGUGAAGUACCAGCCGGUGGUGAUCUACGUGAGCCCAGGAGACAAGUCCUUCAUGCAAAGCCAGCUGAACAGCUCAGUUCAAGUGGUGGACUUUCAAGUGGACGACCUCUGGAUGCGGGACACGAGCUGCAUCUUUGCCUACAACUGCAGCAACUACACCGAGUGCGUUGCCACCUACGGGCAGCCUGUAGACCAUGCAUGGCCUUCGGCCCCCCUGUCAUGCGUGGACUUCAAUUUCAAUGGCUGGGGGCAGAAGCAAGACCACACGAACGAUGCCAAGGUGGCCGCCAAUGUCGCGAGCUUCUCAGGGGCAACGUACGUGCAGUCCACCUUGGUCAUGGAGGGCGGGUCGGUGGAGGUGGACGGCGAGGGCACCGCCAUCAUCACCCGGAGCUCCGUGAUUAAUCCGAACCGGAACCCAGGGUGGGACGAGGCCCAGGUGGAGGCUGCGCUCUACACCACGCUGGGCAUCGAAAAGGUGAUUUGGACCGACGGGAUUAUCGGCAAGGACAUCACUGACGCCCACAUCGACUUCUACGCUCGCUUUACGUCCCCCGGCGUCGUGGUCGCCGCCCGCGAGAACGAUGCCACCAUCUACGACUACAACGUGACCCGCCAAGUGAUCGCCGACCUCCAGGGCGCCACAGAUGCUCGCGGCCGUCAGCUUACCGUCCACAUCCUGGACAACCCAGAAGUCCUGCGGCCGGAGUGGAGCACAGGUACGACGGGCUUCGCGGCCUCUUACAUCAACUACUACGUGGCCAAUGGAGUGGUGGUGGCACAGAACUUUGGGGACAGCGUGACGGAUGCGGCGGCUGUGUCCAAGCUGCAGGAGCUCUACCCCGGCAGGACUGUGGAGACCCUCAACGUGGACCCCAUUGCCUUCGGGGGCGGUGGAAUCCACUGCUCCACGCAGCAGCAGCCCGUGGGCAUCACGGCCGAGACUACCACGACCACCACGCGAACCGUGCCGGACGGAUCCACCAGCGACUGGGCCCUAAGUGUAAGGGUGGGAUUAUAUAAUAGGGGUAUAUACUUAAGGGGUAUAUAA